CUCAAGGCCGAAGAAACAACACAGAGCGCAGAGCAAACAAUGGCGAUAACACCUCUACGCCUUUCAAACCCUUUUCUGUCUCCACGCUCUCUUCCCGCCACCAUCAUACUCCACCACAACCCGAGGCCCUUCACCCUCUUCGCCGCCGACGUCGACUCCACGGAAUCCGACCCGGACGCAACCCGACCCGACUCUGACUCCGAUUCCGAUCAAUUCGAGUCGCGUCUCUCGAAAAUCCGAGUCCGAAACCGAAGCGGGACCGGAAGAAAGGCGGAGGUUCGAAAAUCGAAGAGAGGGUCGAUCGGGGCGUCGAAGAAAGGAUCGGGGAUGUAUCUGCCGCCGGUGAAUCUGAAGGAAUCGAUCUCAGGCGGGCUGAAGGUGGAAUUAGGGUUUAGCCCUUACAGCGAAAGGGUAAACGGUCGAAUCGCGGGACUAGGGCUGGCGGCAUUGUUGAUGGUGGAGCUGGUGACGGGUAAGAGCGUGUUGAAUUACCAUUCACCUGCGACUGUGUUGAUUCAAGUUUACUUUGUGGCUGCUGUUUCUGCUCUGUUCGUAAAGUAUGAGAAAGAGAAGGUUAGUGUUUGGCCUAAGGAGUAAUGGACCGAGGAAUGAAAGAUGAAAAGAGAAUGAACUUUGGAUUUGGAAUCCAGAUUUCUGUAAAUCGUCAUGUGAAUGCUGGUUUUUUUUAGAUUAUUACAAUUUUCAACAAUGAAGUUUUUGCCAUGUUGGUUGGUAACGUAAGUGGUUACUUAC